AUGAAAGCUUCAGUCCCUGGAUGUUUAAAUACCAAGACAUGGUUCAAACAUGCAACAGACCACAGUGCAAUCUUCAGAAAAUCCAAUCUUCCAGAUUCUGAACUCCAGAAACAGCUUCGCUCCUUCAUCUCCACCAUGAUUGCACACAGCUGGCUUCUGCAUAUUUGUCUAGUGAUGCUCUUCUUCACUAAAAUCUCAUCUCAGGGAUGUAGCCAACUUCACAGAAGGCUACAAGAUGUCAACUGGAACUACUUGGGACUUCUGAAUUGCAAAAUGGGAUCCACCAUUCCCCUAUAAUGCACAGACGAUGUAAUGAACUUCUCACCCAAUGAGGAAAAUCUCAUGCACGUUGAUGAUCUCCAGGAAGAGAAUGUCAAGGUAGCCAUAAAUGAAAUCUUUCAACAGAGAUGUCACAUCUUCAAACAAGACCAUACAGAAAUGGCUUGGGAUGAGAAUUCCAUAAGAGAUUUCCAAAUUGGACUGGACCAGGAAAUUGCAAGCCUGGCUCUACUUAACACUAAAAGAUACUUCCUUGGAAUCAACGAUGUCCUGAAAGAAAAGGAGUACAGCCUGUGCGCCUGGAAGAUUGUCCAGUUGGAAGUUAAGCAAUCUUUUCUGUUGAUUGAUCAACCCAUCAGGAGGAUCCCAAAUAAAGGCAUGGCAUAA